UCCUCCCUUUACGCCUGGAAGGUCACAAUACACACACACACCCUGGUGUCUGCCUCUGCCUGACGACAGCUCAGCCUACCAACACAAGCCCAGUGACUGACGACCAUGCUGAGUUCUAGUGGCGAAGUAAUCCUCAUAUUUUCAGGUCUAUUAUUUGUCUGCAACGCUCUGGAAAAUGCAACGAUGGCCGGUCCCCCUGUUGCUGCUGCAGUACGAUCGCACUUUGCCGACUGUCCCGACGCCCAUCUUCACUUCUGCAUUCAUGGGACAUGCCGCUUCUUUGUCCUGGAGUCGACUCCUGCUUGCAUUUGUCACCCUGGCUUCAUCGGAACUCGGUGUGCGUACGCGGACAUCCUAGCAGUGGUGGCCAUCAGGCAGAAGCAACAAGCCAUCACGACGCUAGUCGUGGUAUCUGUCGUUGCCUCCGUCCUCCUGAUCGUAGCUUGUGUCUUACUACACUCCUGUCGGAAACGGAAGAAGUGCGAGCUGUGUCGGGGGAUGUUGGCCAAGCCUGAGACCAGCCUACUGAAGAGUGGGACACCCAGCAACCUUGGAGACACAGGGGUGUGAGAAAUGGUGGUGCCCGGUCCAAUGCUGGCCACUGCUGACCUCCCCAUCUCUCCACUGCCAUCGCACAGUAACGUCGCAGCCUUCUUGUUCCUGCCACACGGGACCAUCCCACCUCAGGUACAGGGACCACGUGUGCUGAGCGGGAAGAAGACCUUUUGUACGAUAUGGAAGUUCCACUAUUCUGUUUGUUCGUCCCAUCACUUAAUUUAUAGAAUCACUGGAGAUACCACAGUGAAGAAUGUCAUCUCUUCAAAAUUUGCAGAUUUCAACCAUAAUAAGUAACUGUGGGUUGAUUUGAUUAUUUAAGAACUGGAGUAAAAAGUUCAAAUUGUAUUCAAAACUAUUUAAGUAUUUUAAACAUGAAAAUAAACAUUUUUUUAAAUAUG